UGGUCGCACAAAGAGUAGUAAUCCAGACAUAUGACAGUUUGGAGGUGGUUCGUUCCGACUUGCUUCGAUCGUUGUGUUCGUUUUUAUUGUUGUUAACUUAACUUUUUUUUUUUCGAUUAUUUUUGCAAUUAGCUAGGAUAAUUCAAUUGUGAUAUGUGUGACUGAGGAGGUCAGGAACUUUAGAACUUUGCCGUUUGAAAUUCCAAGUGAUAAAAGUGAUGAGAAAAAAGACUGUGAAUAAUGUCAAAUACUGGCGAACACGCAACUAGCGACCCAAGUAAGAUAGAAGCAGCGUCAUCAUCGUCUACUGCAGGGUCGACAUACACUUUUCCAGAGGUAGUGCGAUCUCCAGAUACCAGAGGCCAUGGACGUAGUGCAAGUCAUGGUAGCGGUACGACGUUCAGCGGGGGGGCGGCCUCCACGUCCGUGGUCGGGCGACCAUCAGCCCUUAAGUCUACUCGGGGCCAUCAAAGAGCGUUUUCUCAGGGUCAGAUCACUGAUUCCAGCGGUAUACGACCUGGCCACAGCCGCGUCGGUUCGAAAACAGACUUUAUUCUGCCACCCGGCCACAAAGAAACAGAAACGACGUCCGGGAGCGGCUCCCGCACCUCCGCAAAGGGACACUCCAGACAGGCAUCGCGAAGUGAAUCCAUCUAUACGCUCAGGAGGACAGCACCUCCGUCCUUCUGGAAGAGAUUCCUGAGUUUUAUAUUGCGACGGUCGCCGCGUUACGAACAGGAAGAGAGAUAUCGAAUUGUUGUGCCUAAUCAUACAGUGCCCCCAAAAACCCCACGGAAAGAGCACCCCAACGGGAAACGGCCCAACAAUAAGGUCCGUACGACCAAGUACACGCUGCUCUCUUUCCUGCCCCGCAAUUUGCUCGAACAGUUCCACAGGGUCGCCAAUUUGUACUUCAUAUUUAUCGUACUGCUAAACUGGUUUCCCGCAAUUAACGCGUUUGGUAAGGAGAUUGCGAUGAUCCCGGUGGUGUUCGUGCUUGGUGUAACAGCGGUUAAAGAUCUAUUCGAGGAUCGCAGGAGACACGCCAGCGAUAAAAGGAUUAACAACUCCACAUGCCGAAUAUACCAAAGUGAAAACGAUAGGUAUAAGAAGGUGCUGUGGAAAGAGGUGCGAGUCGGUGAUUUAAUACAUCUAUCGAAUAAUGAGGUUGUUCCUGCCGAUAUUCUACUCUUGCGAUCCAGUGAUCCGAAUGGCCUUUGCUACAUCGAUACUGGGCACCUUGACGGAGAAACUAAUUUGAAGCAGCGAAAAGUUGCCAGAGGUUUCACUGAGAAGCAAGACGGUUUUGAUCCUAGCAAAUUUAAGAGCGUUAUAGAAGUGGAUGCGCCUACAACGAAAAUCUAUAGAUUUCAUGGGGCUAUGCUCCAUCCAUCCGGUACCAGAAUUCCUGUAGGUACGGAUAACCUUCUACUCAGGGAAUGUUUGCUCAAAAACACGGAUUAUGUGGAAGGAAUCGUUGUGUAUGCAGGUCACGAAACGAAAGCGAUGUUGAAUAAUGGCGGUCCCAGAUACAAAAGAUCGUCAUUAGAAAAGCAAAUGAACCAAGACGUCCUAUGGUGCGUACUAAUACUGAUAUUUCUGUGCGUCAUCGGAGCAAUCGGAUGUAAACUGUGGCUGUCGACUUAUACAAAUUUACAAGAACCUUUCAGACCGGAUGGUUAUUCUGAUUCGAGUGAAGCCUUUUUAGCCUUUUGGACAUACAUUAUUAUUUUGCAGAUCAUGAUUCCACUUUCGCUAUACGUUACAUUGGAAAUGUGUAAGAUAAUACAAGUGUAUCAUAUCCAUAAUAACGUGGAUCUCUAUGACCCGCUGAUAGACAAGAGGACGGAAUGCAGAGCGUUGAAUAUUACCGAAGAGUUAGGACAAAUUCAAUAUAUUUUUUCGGAUAAAACGGGAACGUUGACUGAGAACAGAAUGAUAUUUAGGAACUGCACCAUUGCGGGCGUCGACUAUCAUCAUCCAACGCUUCAGGAUGAAAGUAAAACGAAGAAUACGCUGACUGUGCUCUGCAAUGCGAAAAUGGUGCAGGAUAUGCUUUGCCAAGAAAGUGUAACCGAUUCGUCUAGUUUGAUCCACGCUACUCGCAUCCAGGAGUUCCUUCUAUUACUAGCCGUUUGUAAUACCGUAGUGUGUUCACACCAUCCUCACUAUGAUCUCAUGAACGCUAGUGGUAUUUUAGAACCAGUUCCGAACGCGUUCGAACAGGAAAACAAACCUGAAACAACCACUACUGUGUCGCCUAACGACAAAUACAGCAGGUUGGAGGAGUCGCGUUCGGUGACUCCUUCGCCGCCGCUGCACACAUCAUCACAUUUCGAUAAUCGUCGAACACCGCAUGUGCCAUCAUUAAGCCCUAUAACCUCAGUGGAUUCUUCACCGACGAGUGAAGCGCCGCCAAAAAAUUCACGACCAAAAAUCCUCAACAUUACGGCGUUAGGUUUUUUAGGUAACAAGAGAAACAUGAAUUUGACUGACGAACAGAAAGUGAAGAUAAAUCAAUCUGUAACACCAUCUCCGCACGAACUGAAACCUAUCUUCGAGGCGGAGAGCCCCGACGAAUUAGCUCUCGUAGAUACAGCUUACAUCUAUAACUGUAAAUUACUGAAAAGAACACCCAGUGAGGUGACCGUGGAUUUACCCGGAGCCGGACGAUACGAUUUCAAAAUAUUGAAUAUCCUGCAGUUCGAUUCCGUGCGUAAAUGCAUGUCCGUUAUUAUCAAACAUCCAGUUACUAAGCAAAUAAUUUUAUACUGCAAAGGAGCGGAUACGACAAUAAUUCCUGCCUUAGCGCCCGUCGAAGAUGACUCCGAGCAGAAGAGAAUUAUUUGUCAAACCCAGCAACAGCUGAACGCUUACGCCAAGCAAGGUCUCAGGGUACUUCUGAUGGCCAAACGUAUACUGACCGUAACCGAAUACAACGAGUGGCUCAGGAAACACAAAGAGGCUGAACUUUCCCAUGACAAUUUAGAAAAGAAGCUUCAAGAGAGUUACGCAUUGAUCGAACAUAAUUUAACGUUACUAGGUGCGACUGGAAUUGAAGAUAGACUGCAAGAAGGUGUACCCGAGACAUUGGCAUCACUGAUUUCCGCAGGAAUAGUUGUUUGGGUUGUGACUGGAGACAAACCGGAAACUGCCAUUAACAUCGCCUACUCUGCGAAAUUAUUUUCCCCACAAAUGGAGUUACUUAAAUUAAUGACUAGAAGUAAGGAAGCGGCUGAUCGGACGAUAUCAUUCUAUCUCAACGAGAUUGAGCGACAACCCGAUGGAGGUGAUCCCACAUCGUCGAGCAAUUUGCUGAGUUCUCGAAGUCAACCUAAAGCGAAGACCAGAGCAUUGGUAAUCGAUGGAAAAACUUUGACAUUCAUACUGGAUAGGCGAUCGAAUUUAACGAAACCCUUUUUGAAACUGACGACCUACUGCAAUUCCGUUCUGUGCUGUCGCGCAACACCUCUUCAGAAAGCUUACAUCGUUAAAGUGGUCAAGGAAGAAUUAAAGAUGCGCACAUUGGCAAUCGGCGAUGGGGCCAACGACGUUUCGAUGAUCCAAACUGCCGAUGUUGGCAUCGGAAUUUCCGGACAGGAGGGUAUGCAGGCUGUGAUGGCCGCAGACUUUUCGCUCUCUAGAUUUAAAUAUUUGGAACGUUUGCUCUUGGUCCACGGACAUUGGAGUUACGAUCGUUUAUCCAGUAUGAUCUUGUACUUUUUCUACAAAAACGCAGCUUUUGUGUUUUUGAUAUUUUGGUAUCAACUUUAUUGUGGUUAUUCCGGUGCGGUGAUGAUCGACCAGAUGUACCUUAUGUUAUACAAUUUAUUGUUCACCUCUCUACCUCCACUUGCCAUAGGAGUUUAUGAUCAAGAUGCUCCUGAAUAUUUAUUGAGAGAAAAUCCAUAUCUGUACCGUCGCGGGAGGCUGGGAAAGGCCUAUCGAUCUCGAUCCUUUUGGUUCACGAUGUUCGAUGCAAUAUAUCAAAGUUUGGCCAUAUUUUUCAUAUGUCAGGGUAUUUAUAAUGAAAGCGACAUCGAUAUCUGGGAAUUUGGGACUGUCGUCACUACUGCAUGCAUGUUUGUCAUGCAAUUGCACGCUGCAAUAGAGACUCGAUCAUGGACAAUUUUACAUAUUGGAUCUUAUCUGGUGUCCAUAGGGCUUUUUUAUUUGUAUUCAAUUAUUUACAACGCAUACUGCGUGAACUGCUUUGGCUUGCCGAGUAACUAUUGGAUCAUACAGCACGCAAUGAGCACAGCAAAUUAUUGGUUACUAAUUCCUCUCUCAUGUGUAGUGGCAUUACUACCAAGAAUUCUGUUGCGUGUAAUAAAAACGGCUGUAUGCCCGGAUGAUGUAACGCGGGCGAUAAUGAUGCAUCGACGAGCGUUAAGGAGAGGUGAGGGGUUUCUCGUAUCUUGGUCUAGAUCAACUUCAGCAUCUUCCAUAUACAGAACCACCGAUAACAGGACUAAGAAUAACAUUUUGACAGCGGUUGGAUGAGUUACAUUUUCCACAGUGCUUCGUAUUAAGGCCUUAAUACUGAUAGGAUUAUAAAAGAAAAGUGUUUCUACUAAGGAAAAAUAUAUAUUACAAAAAAAAAGAA